AUGUUGACUCCAGCUCGGUCUUCAGAAUUGAAAACGUGGGACUACCAACCGGAGGGAUUCAUCUCCCACGCCUCCGUCUUGUCGUACGACUCCGCCAUAGAGCCGAUGGCAGUUUACGAUGGCCUUCCGCCACGAAUUAUGCAAGCCCGAGAUGUCUUGGUCAAGGCCACUCAAGCGGACACCUUGCCAGCGCCAUCAUUGCGCAAGGCUUUGACGGACGCCUUCUUUGAAUUUGCCUUUCCUUACUUUCCCGUCGUUGAUGCGGAUGACCUCUCGAGGGGAGAGUCGUCGAUCCUUCUACAGCAAGCUGUGUGCCUCGUCGGCAGUCUUAUGCGCCAUGAACCCAGCAGUAUGACUUUGAGUUACUCACUCUACGAGAAGAUUGAAACUUUGAUACAUGUCGAGUUCGAAAAAGACAACGCGUUCCUCCUCAAGACACUAUGUCUCUUGUCAUGUUGGGCCCCAGCCUCACCAUAUCUUGUCACGCUUCAUGGGCCGUGGCAUUGGACUGGUAUGGCUGUGCGUGAGACACUUAUGGUCGCCUGCUGGGGCCGGCCUCGUUCGCUGAAGCUUGCAGACUGCGAUGUUCAGCCACUUGCAGCUUCGGACUUCAUAACACAAGGGGUAUUCACAACGGUCUCUUUACAAUUCACCGGACUCAUGAACGUGAUUGGUAAGUUGUCGGAGUUGAACACCAGAAAAGGCGUACCAGUUGAAUCCGAGGUCGAAACUGUCAUUGCCUCGCUUUGCGAAUGGAAGAGCGGCCUGCCGGACGUGUUGCGUCUCUACUAUACAGACGGUACUCGGAGGACUUAUCACCGUUAUACUUCAGAGUUGCAUAUCCAUUAUUCGACGGCAAUCAUAAUGGUGCAGAUGCUUAGCAAGAGCCGUCAUGCUCCGUGGCGGACGUCCCACGCCUCAGUCCUAGCGGCAACCUAUGUUGCCGAGUUGUACGAGGAGAUCCACUACAGAGAGGAUGCUUCUCACUUGCUGAGCAUCAAUGGCUUCAUGGCUCUAGUGGCCGCAAUUGUGUUGGUAUUCCACCGGCCAAACACGUUAGAGAAGGAAACGAUUCGCAAGAAUGGCAUUGAAAGCAUCUGUUCAGUGCUGCGCGAACGAUACUUCAUCGUCAUCUGCGACAUGGGUGGCAAGGAGCGUUAA